UGUUCGAUCCUUGAAAGGAAGAUGUAUAUCAAGAAAGAGAUCAGUGUCCUGGGGCAAUGUUACUUACAUCAAUCCAAGUAUGUUGCCAUAGUAUUGCUGGAGGAGUGCUUGGCGUUACAACAGAAAUACCCUUCAGCUAAUGCUGUCAAAGUGGCAAAUACUAUGAGGCUGUUUGGUAGCUGUUUUAUGGAACAAAACAAACUGUCUGUAGCAGAAAGAUUAUUGAGAGAUUUUGUUGAAACAAAAAAUUCUGCUCUUCUGGAAGGUCACCCUGAUUUUGAACGUGGUCAGUUAACACUUGCUCAGUGUCUGCACCAUCAAGGUAAAGUAAGUGAAUCAAUCAAGCUGAAGGAGUGUGUCAGGAUCUAUAAAUCAUCUUUUCAUCUUGAACAUCGUCAUGUGGCUGCAGCUGUUGGUCAACUUGGAUAUUAUUUACUGGUAGCUGGACAUUUGGAUAAAAGCGAAAAACAUUUGGAGAAUCUCUUGCUAUAGUCAGACAUUCACUACACAAGAAACAUCCUGAUACAGCAAUUGAUAUGUCUAAAUGUUCUAUAGUAAAUGUUAAAUCGGUAUGUCUGUGAAUCAGUGUGUCUUGAUUUGUACAGCAUUGAAAGGGUUGCAGAAUGUCUGAUGAGAAAAGGGAAGAACAUUGAAGCAGAAAAAGUUCUCUUUGAAGCUGUCAACAUUGAAGCAGUUUGGCUCCAUGAAAAUCAUUCCAACAAAAUCUACAGUCAGAAUUUGUAUGAGAAACUCAGAAUGGUCAUUGUGGCGAGAUGUUGUAGAAGUGCAGUAUCCAACUGAAUAUCUUGCUUCCUAUACUUGUUGAAUACAAAAGACAAGGCGAAGUGGUGGAGUUUUACCUCACACUGAAAGCAGUUCACAAACUAUCCACAGCAGCUGAUUUGCCAAAUUCCCAUUUACCUUCUCACUCUCCUUCUCUUCAAGAUG